UCAGCUACAAUGCCGGCAUCAGCGCGUGCGAGAAGGGCGGGCGAUGGCAGCAUGCUCUCUGCCUGCUCUCGGAGCUGUCCGAGGAGAGGCUGGAGCGGAGCGCGGUGAGCUACUGCGCCGGCAUCAGCGCGUGCGAGAAGGGCGAGCAGUGGCAGAGGGCGUUGUCGCUCCUGAGGGAGAUGCUGGACGCGGAGGUGGAGCUGGAGGUCAUUGGCUACAACGCGGCGAUUAGCGCCUGCGAGAAGGGCGCGCGGUGGCGGCAGGCGCUGUCGCUGCUCGCCGAGAUGUCAAGGGGGAAGGUGGACCCGACCAUCGUCGCUACAGCGCUGGCAUCAGCGCGUGCGAGAAGGGCGGGCAGUGGCAGUGGGCGCUUUCGCUGUUUCGGGGGCUUCGGGAGGCAAGGUGGAGCUGGAGGUCAUUGGCUACAACGCGGCGAUUAG